GAAAGAGAGAUUUGCGUGUUAAAUAUUCGCGGCAAUUAAUACACGCGUCGGAGCAUUGUGCGCGGUGUGAUUAAGAUGUCGAGAAUGCAAACGCAAGGUCGAUCUUAAUCUCUCGAUCCGCGAGUGUCCGUUUGAUAUCAACAAGAUUCUCCGAAUGGAAUUCCUCUAAUGGAAAUCACGCACAUGAUUGACGACGUCGAAGCGAGAGAGCAUUCGCGUCCCGUCAUCGUGAGAAUGUAACGCGAUUCAAUCGGUUAUUACGUAUAAAAAUGCGGAAAAACACACACACACGCGCGCGACUUAAGGCCGCGAUUUAUGGAAAUAUCCCGGCCGCGAGACUUUCACCGAUGUCGACGAUUUCUCGAAUUAACGGGCGAAUCAAUUUGCGCCGAUGGAGUAUCCGUCGGACUAGCAGAAAUUAUUAGUCAUCGGACUUAGAUCAUCCGACGAAAGUGUUUCUCGGAACAUUCGAGGGGAUCGUUCAGGGUCGAAGAAGUCAAUUGCAGGCUCAAGUCGGCGAGGGAGUCGGAUCGCGAUCCGCGAGCGAGAAGAAAGCGGCAACCCCGAGCGGAGGAUCGGCUCCAGAAAAACGGCUAAGUGAUCCCUCUCGCCGAGGAAACUCGACUCGUUGGGCGAGUCCCCGUAAAUCAGUAUCCGUUCGGGAUGAAAUUAGUGUCAGCUGGAGGAUACUAUGAUGCGUCUCGGUACGCGAAGUCGUUCUCGCUCGGUGCUUCGCGAGCCGAGGCGAGCGCGAGGUGGAAUUAAGCAGCGCGCGUUUCGAAGAACACGACGAUUUAUGAUUUCACUCUUCUUCUCUCCUGGCGAGCGAGCGAAUGAGCGAGCGAAAGACGACGGCGUUUACAUUACCGGCGCAAUUUGCCUCUCGUAAAUAACCGCCUUGUCACUCGUAUAUUUGAUUGAGCCGAGCGGAAGAAUGCGCUAAAAAAGGGAAACCAGUAUGCAAAGCUGGCUCAGCUCUCAAGUCGACUUGCGGAAGUGCCGUUCACGUUUGAACGUACAAAAUAACGACUGACUGAGCGCGAAGUUAUUCCGCGUUGAUUAGUCCUUAAUUUACAAUCGAGCGUACCGAUAAGAGCUGGAGAUAACUUUGUUUCGAUAAAACGGAGGAGGACUAAUCGAGGAGAAUGUGACCGGGGCUGGACAAUUUCUUAUCGCCAGAAUCAGGUCUGCACGUUAUAUAAACUGUACGUCGAGUCGUGACUGACUUUGUGAGCGUUUAUGUUUGAGUAGAUUUACCACUUGAGUCGAAAUCACGUUUCGGGAUUGAAAGAAACAUUCAAUCUCUAUCGUCGAGAGAAGCGCGGCUCACGCACGGAGCUCGUCCAAUCGAAUAUUUCCUGCAACGGGGAAAAUCUUGAACCCAUCGAAGGCUAAGUUGAUGUACAUGGAGCUCUUCACCAUCGAGAUAAGUCCGAGGAAACCUGGUCGUUGGACGCACACAAGACUCGGACAUAGAGCGAAGCGAAGAGCCGGCGGUGGAACCGAGAUAGAGCGGACGCGCGUGGAAGAUCAAGAGUCGCGUUCCUUCGAUCGGCCGGACGAUAACGUUAAGGCUCUUGCACAAAUUUCCGGUAUUUGCCAAGGGAGUGGGAGCACGAGCGGCUGCUUACGGCUCGUCCGAUUAUCGUACGAAGGGAUCGCGUACGAAGGACCUCAUGCGAAGAAUACGGGAUGAACUAUUUCGGGCAGGAGAGCCUGAACGGACUCCGGUCCGUUCCUUCCGAUAUUGCGUGUGACGCGCUGUAGGAAGACGUGAUGAGCGAGUACGAACGAAUCAAGCGUUCGUGCUUGAAACGAGGUGAGCUCUGGGAGGAUCCAGAAUUUCCAGCGACGCAAGCGUCGGUCUUUUAUCACCAGACACCUCCGUUCCAGUUUCAAUGGAAAAGGCCGAAGGAAUUGUGCAAUCGACCCAUCUUCGUCAGCGAUGCGCCGGCUCAGUUCGACGUCAUUCCCGGGAAGAUGGGUGACAAGUGGCUGGUGUCAUGCCUGGGUGUGCUGCACCUCAGCAAGGGUCUGUUCUACAGGGUGGUACCGGCCGACCAAGGCUUCGGAAGCGGCGGAGAGCCGCCGGGCUCGCCAACCGCCGAGUACGCCGGGGUCUUCAGGUUUCGACUAUGGUGGUGCGGCGCGUGGGUGGAGGUUCUCGUCGACGACCGACUACCGGCGGUCCACGGCAGACUGGCCUUCGUCCAAAGCCGCCACAGCGAUCAGUUUUGGCCGGCACUGCUGGAGAAAGCGUAUGCCAAACUUCACGGCUCUUACGAGGCGCUCAAGUACGGCACACUGUUGGACGGUUUGUCCGAUCUCACGGGCGGCAUCACCGAGAGCAUCGCGAUUCGCCAGGACCCCACGGCGUGCGGACGCGCGCUUGCGAAACUUUUGGACAUGACGUCCCUCAUCACUUGUACAGUAAACAACAAUCAGCAGCAACAGAUACGUGCCAGCACAGAGAAGCUCGCCAAUGGCAUACAAAUGGGAAUCAAUUACAGGCUGUACGCGAUCGAGAGGGUGGAAACUUUUGGCGGGGAGGCGGUGCAAUUGGUGAAACUGAGGAACCCUCUCGGACCCGGUGGAGAAUAUGUGGGCGCUUGGGCGAGAGGCGGCCUCGAGUGGGACGAAGUGCCGGCGAUGGAGAGGGAGCGGUUAGCCGUGAGGAACAUGGCCGAGGGCGAAUUUUGGAUAUCGUACUCCGAUUUCGUUAAGACGUUUACUCACCUGGAAGUUGUGCACCUAGACGCCGAAACUUCGAGAGACGAGCCGUCGUUGCACAGUAAACACACUUGGCAGAUGAAAUUGUAUCAGGGAAGUUGGAGAAGAGGCGUCACCGCGGGAGGAUGUCGGAAUAAUCAAGAAACCUUCCACAUAAACCCGCAGCUGCAUCUGAUUCUCAGCGAGAUGGAAGAGGUGAUCGUGUCGUUGAAUCAGCAUUCCAUCAUGGAGCCGAAAGUGAUCGGUUUCACGGCGUACACCCUGCCGAAGAACAGCACCGAGUCGAUAAAUAAGCAGUUCUUCAAGAAAAACAAGUCCUUAGUUAACUCGCAAUACACGAACAGUCGGCAGGUGAGCCACAGGUGUCAGCUCGAGCAGGGUGGUUACCUGUUGGUACCUACGACCUUCGAGCCGACUCAAGAAACGAGUUUCACGUUACGGGUCUACAGCAGUAAGCCUCUAAAACUCAAGCUGCUGGACACUCCGCCGUCGUUAAUGAAAUCGGCAAUCGUGAAGGCGCCUCCUCUGGAAGGAAAAGGUUUCUCCCAAUACGAAGCGGUGUUUCUACAGCUCGCCGACGAGCACAGGACCGUAAACGCCUUCGAGUUGCAGGAGCUCUUGGAGGCUUGUUUACCGAAUGAUUACAUCAAAAGCUGCGCCUGCAUGGAGGUCUGCCGGCAAGUAGUGCUCACCAUGGACAGCUCCGGGAGCGGUCGUCUGAAGUUCAACGACUUCAAGGAUCUUAUGUGCAGUUUAAAGUACUGGCAAGCCGCUUUUAAGAACCACACGAAGGAGAAGACAGGUAUACUCAAGGCGGAGAGACUGCGGGACGCCUUGCUGGAAGUUGGUUUCCAAUUAAACACAGACGUACUGUCGAUCUUGAUUCUGCGAUACAUGAGGAAAGACGGGACUCUCCGAUUCGGCGACUUUGUCUCGGCGAUAUUGCACCUGAGCGACGCAUUCGGUAUAUUCGAGAGCAAGGAUCCUCUGCAGAACGGGACCAUAAAGUUGAGCUUGUCGGAGUGGUUGAGAUCAUCCCUGAUGUGCUGAGAGAGCGUCAGUCAAACGCGAAACCCAUACGUGUACCUUGAAUCGUCUCUGUAAAUACAACAUCUCGUUUUUCUAUCUCGACUCUCUAGCUGUAAGUUUUAGCCAUAUUAACGAUACUAGCGCGCGACCCCGUCCAUCGUUCUCGCACUGUGUAAAAUAAUGUCAUUGUUUUUUACAUUACCGCGCUCUUUUACCCGUCGUCGGAUCAUCGUUCGCCCUUGUGUAAAAUUACGACUAAGGAGCUAUGUACGAUACGUUGUUUGUGUAAGCAUAUCGCACUGGACAAUAAAAUUAAGUUUAUUUUGUAUAGUUCCUGAAUAUAUACCUUCCAUCGGAUACGCUCUUGACGCGCACACAUGUAACUCGUGCAGAUUCAAUAAAGAUGUCAACUGUA